AUGGACUCUGGUCAGGCACAGCUUCGGCAACAAAUACACACACCUUCCUUCACCUUCAACCCCAACAACAAGUUCAGAAGAGACGUCCCGCCACGCACAACGCCCAUCAUCAACAUGAACGGUAAUGAUAUGCCCGUCAAACAAGAGGGCGUGGGAGCACCCGCUGGAGUAUGGACGACCCCGACGUCUCAAGGCAUGCGGCCCAGGCCUGCGACCAUCCACGAGGGCUUCUCUUACAGUAUGAGCGACGACUACGGCACACUCCCAUCGUGGGAUUCAUCGCCUCUUCCCAUGCAGCAGACCCCCAACGACGCCAUGUCCCGUCCCGUCUCGGUCCAUCAACAAGACUUCUAUCCCGUCACCACAAUGGAGAACACCUGGCAACAGAAGCCAUGUGAAGACAACUUUGAGUUCCAUGGGUUGGACACGGAGAUGAUUGGACAGGCUUACACAACCGACGAGGCCAUUCCCGUCCUCGACUUGAGAUACGGACAGCAGACAGACAGCGAGUUCAACUUCGACUGCGGUCCCAACCCGAGACGCAUGUCAGGAUCUUCGUUCACCAUGUCGACAUCAGGCGCCCUCUCAGACAUGCCGUCGUACGAGGACUUCUCCGCCGCUCUAUCGGAGGCGCCAUCAUUCAGCUCAGACUAUCCGCCGCCGUCUAACCGCAACUCAUUGAUGUCGUCGACUCAAUUGUCGCCCGUGGCGUCCCCACGAAUGACGCCUCAAAGCCGAUCUGAACUUGUCAGGACCCAGAGCCGCGGCCGAGCCUCCCCGUCACCCCGACCGGGCAUGCGAUCUGCCCCGUACAGCGUUGAGCGAGGAACUACCAAGAGAUGGUCGACUGGAUCAUACGGAACCCAGCAGAACCGUCGCCAAACCCCGUUCGUCUUCCACCCCGGCCACGACGCCUUCGGUGCCCAUCAGCGCAUGUCCUCCAGACACUCGUCGCCGACGAUCCAGCACAACCAGGUCCCUCUGAACUUCACCAACCUGCAAGCAGCCCAACAGCACCCGUUCAUGAUGGCCGGUCCGCCGCAGUUUCAGAGAAACAGCAUGAACAGCAUGCUUCUCCCGUCUCAAUUGCCAUCAAACGGAUUCCCGCACCCGGACGCUCAUCACUUCGAGGCGCCGCCGCCGCUGCUGUCUCACGGGCUCUUCCGCAUGCUCCAGAGCAACGCCGAUCCGCACUCCCUUCAUAGCCACUACACCGACCUGUCUGACCCGCCCGACUUGUACGCCUCCCUUCACGAGGAGCAGGUCCCGCCGCCCCCGGAGGACAUGAACCCGUCCGACCCUGAUCUCGUCCCCCAUGAGCAGGAGCUGAGAUUCGAGGGCGACCUGUACACGCCCAGAUGGGUUCGUGGCCACGGCAACAAGCGUGAGGGAUGGUGCGGCAUCUGCAAGCCCGGCCGCUGGCUGGUGCUCAAGAACUCUGCCUUCUGGUACGAUAAGUCAUUCACCCACGGCAUCUCCGCAGCCACGGGCAACCCGUUCCAGGAGCCGCAAGAAACCAGGCGGAUGGACGGCAACCCCGACGUGUGGGAGGGACUCUGCGGCAGCUGCAACGACUGGAUUGCGUUGGUGAGCAGCAAGAAGAAGGGUACUACAUGGUUCAGACACGCAUACAAGUGCCACACUCAUCCCAAGAUCAAGGACGCCCCCAAGCGUCGUCGUGAGAGCAGCCACAACCGCAACCUGGCAGCGUCGCAAAUGGCCAAGCCAAAGGUUGAACCUGGACAGGCUCCUCCGAUGCCUCAGCAGACGCCCAUCACGCCGCAGUCAGCCGCCUCAGUCACGAGCACGCCGACGCCCGCGCAGAUGCAGCAGCAGCAACAGCAACACCAGCACCAACACCUUCAACAGGUGCCGCCGAUGCCUCAGAUGAGCCAAGGCCAGAUGCAAGCCCAACAACGGGGCAUCAUCAACCCGCUCGAAGGCAUGCCAGGCAUGAUCUAG